GCCCCUUGUGCUGGUCGGGGUGGGGUUCUGUUCUGUAGAGUUGCAUACCUGGACUAAGAACUAACACUAAACCUCCUGUGUUUAACUCAGAGGAAGAGUUUCAGUCAGUUUCCAGAGAAACGAUUUAAGAUUGUGUAUUCUUUUAGUAAAAGUCUGUGAAAACGGCGAUUUGUUCGGUUUGAGCUUCAUCAGUACCGCCGCUGCUUCAUCUCACCGUCUACAGGCAGGUAGACGGAGAGAGAGACGAGGGAAAUCACUUUUCCACUGAGCAGAUACUGGAGUUACAGCACAAUUACUCACACAGGUGUGUGUUAUAAUCAGGAUGGGCGUAAACGCAGAAAAGAAGGACCGGUGUGGGACGGUGUGCCUGAAAUACCUCCUGUUCGCAUUUAACUUCCUGUUUUGGCUGGCAGGGGGCGCUGUGAUGGCUGUAGGAUUGUGGACACUGCUGAAGAAGAGUGACUACAUCAGCCUUCUCUCCUCCAGGAUCUACGCCAUCUCAGCCUACAUCCUCUGCCUGGCCGGGGUCAUCGUCAUGGUAACGGGGUUCCUGGGCUGCUGCGCCACCUUUAAGGAGAAAAGACAGCUUCUGAGAGUGUAUUUUGUCCUGCUGCUGUGCAUCUUUCUUCUGGAGGUCGUGGCUGGAGUAUUGGCGUACAUCUACUACCAGCAGCUGAGCCACGAGCUGACGAGUAAUCUCAACAACACGAUGGUGAAUAAAUAUAAGCAGCCGGAACAGGACCACAUCACGGAGGCUGUGGAUAAAUUACAGCAAGAGUUUAAGUGCUGCGGCAGCCACAACUCGUCUGAUUGGACGGCGAACAUCUGGGUCAACACCACUGAGAGAAAAGUUCCAGACAGCUGCUGUAAGACGCCUAAGGAGCUGUGUGGAAAGAGAGACCACCCUUCUAACAUCUACAGAGUGGAGGGCGGCUGCAUUACUAAGCUGGAGAACUUUAUUAUGGACCACUUAAAGCUGAUUGGUGCUGUGGGAGUGGGUGUGGCCUGUGUACAGAUCGUGGGGAUGAUUUUCACAUGCUGCCUCUACAGGAGUUUGAAAGCAGAGCCGUACUGAUCCGUAGUCUUAAAAUCACACCUUUACCUUUUAUUCGAAUGAACCUGAACGUCACCGCGCGCCCAUACGGCUGAGAAAUGUUCGUGAUUGUGGGUGAUUUUGUGCCCAAAGUGUCUGUUAAUGAAGAGAAUCCUCUGAAAUUGUUCAAACUCCUUUUAAGUAACGGACGAUUAUAUCUAACGCGACGUUGUCCCGCGUAACCCGAGUGCCUUUUAAUGGAAUAAGGGAUUUCAUUAACCCUUUAAUGACUGAUCACUGUUUUAUAUAUGAGAUCCAGUAUAAUGGAGAUUUUAUUCUCUGUGCUUAUUCUUUUAUAAUUUAUACCGUUUUGUCCUUUUGUGGUUGUUCUUGUCUUCCCGAGACAUCCUGAGGUCGGUUCAUUUGGGUUGAUCAGGAGCAUAACAUCAGGAGUGAUGAUUCAGCUCUACGUGUCGUGUGCUGCUGAUUUCCUUUUUUUUUGUUAAUUGGUGUUAAGACCGAGUUCUUUCUUAGGAACAUUUCUUAAUGUGGAAACGUAAGGCCAUGAUUUCAGGAAAUUUUUAUUUUGUAUUAAAUACCGACGUGACACCA